CAAUCCUCCCCACAGUUCGGCCAUUUUACAGUUGCUGCUUCUUCUUCUUAGACACACUUUUACCAACACACACUCGUGCUAAGGUCGUUCGCCUCGUACGGAGUCCUCAAAUCUAGUUCGGCCCGACUCAACACUACAAACUCCAACAACAGAGAUCUUAUAUACAUAUAUAUACACAUAUAUAUAUAUACUUUUACAUACAUAGAGACACAGAGUGAGGAGCAAAAAAAAAAAAAAAAAAAAAAGAAAAGAGACAGAAACAUAUAAAGAUAUUUUCUAUAUCCGCAGUUUUCUACUGCCUUCGUCUUUAAAACACAUUUGAAGUGUGGUAAAGUGUUAAGUGAAGAAAUAAUUUCUUUUCAACAAUAACAGUUGCUUCCACAGCACUCCUUAGAGAUUUCAUUGAAACUUUUGGUCAUCAAUUAACGAUGGACUCGAAAGAAGAUUUUUCAACAGGCAUAAUGAAGCGGCCACUAGAACAAGAAGAUGAUGACUCAUCGAUGAAGAGAGCUCGUGGCAGUGGGCCAAAAAUUGAGUUAAGAAUUUUACUUCAGAGCAAAAAUGCUGGAGCUAUCAUUGGCAAGGGUGGCAGUAAUAUUAAAAGAUUAAGAGAACAUUUCAAAGCAAGUGUUACAGUGCCCGAUUGCACCGGCCCUGAACGAAUUUUGACAAUUGGUGCAGACAUAGAUACAGCAUUGGACUGUUUGGCAGACAUUAUACCAUCCCUUGAAGAUGCUCAAUCUCUGUUGCAGUACAAACAGUUCUCCAAUGAUGAGUAUGACUGUGAAAUAAGAAUAUUGGUUCACCAGAGCCAGGCUGGUUGCAUUAUUGGUAGAGCUGGUUUUAAGAUCAAAGAGUUGAGAGAGAAAACUGGAGCAAACAUCAAGGUGUACUCAACCUGCUGUGCUCAGUCCACUGAUCGUGUUGUGGCAAUUUCUGGUCGACCUCCUGUGGUCAUAGCUUGCAUUAAUGUUAUUUAUGAGCUUUUGGAAAUGGCACCACCGAAAGGAGUUAACCAGCCAUAUGAUCCACAUAACUAUGAUGAGUAUUACGCCCAUGACUAUGGUGGUUACACCAUUGCAGAGGGGGGCCGUGGUAAACUACCUAGGGGUGCCCCGCCACCACCACCACGAGGAGGUGUCUCUCCAUUGAUGAGCCCACAGAUAAGAGGACGAGGUACUGCUGGAGGAAUGGGAGAUAUGGGCAUGGGAGGGUCUGGCUCCAUGAGCAGGGGUGGACUACCUAGCCUAACUGGAGGUAGAAACAACAUGGGUGCUGCUCUCCCCUAUGGCAGUGGUGGCGGUGGCAGUGGGGGCAGAGAUGAUGGCCUGCAAGAACUUGGAGGAAUGAGGAAUGCCAUGAAUGGCAGCAUGGGUGCUCGUGCCGGGCGUGGAGGAGAUAACAGGUUUGGCAAUCCUGCAAGAGGAAACAGUGGCCAAGGUUUCUAUGGUGGCCAGCAAAACUUUGCCCAAGACAGUAUGGGUGGUAUGGGAAAUCAAGGGAUGAUGUUUGGUAUGGAACAGACUACAACCACACAAGUAACCAUUCCCAAGGAGCUUGCUGGUGCCAUUAUUGGCAGAUGUGGAACUCGCAUUACUGAUGUGCGGCGCCAGUCUGGAGCCCAAGUGGUUAUAGAUGAAGCCCUUCCUGGUUCCAGUGAUCGGAUAAUUACUAUCACAGGAACUCAAGAACAAAUUGAUGCUGCACAGUUUCUCUUGCAGAGCAGUGUGCGGAAAUAUUCAGAUAAAUUUUGAGGCCUGCACUGCAUGGCAACUCUAGCAGGGCAGAAGCUGGCAAAAUUGGAAGGAAGAAGGGCUGGGUGGUUUUUGGGAUGGGACAGAAAACAAACAAACAAACAAAUUUAGUUAAAAGGGUUGGUUUGGAAAGAUACAACAGUCAGAUUCAGUUAAUAUGAAAGGCAAGAAUGCCUACAACAACAAAAUAAAAAUGGGGAAAAAAAAAAGAAAAAGCAACAUGUCUACUAUGUGGGUGGUGCAGAAAUGUAGGAUGGCAGCUGUAUAUUCAAUGUGGAGUACAAUAGCUGUUUUUGUAGCUUCUGGCACAUGUUAAUAAUGGCAAUGCCACUUUGCACACUGCUGCCCACAUUGCUCUUUUCAAUCCAUUUUCUUUCUUUAUAGUGAUCUAUGUAUUUCAGCAUCUAUCCUUUGCACUUCCUAAUUUUAUUGAUCCUAAUGGUAGUAGAGGGCCUAUUUUUAUAUCUUAGCUCUUAGUUGAAAAAGAAAAAAAAAGUAAUUUCCUAAACAUGGGCGGAGUUUUCUUUAUCACGUUUUAAUUUUUAAUUUUUUUUUUUUUUACCCGCCGCCGCCACCAUCACCAGUUGUCAGUUGGACCCCACUGACCUCAGUUUAUCUGGUGUAUAUUCAUGUGUAUGCAUGUAUUUUAUAUAUGCAUAUAUAUAAAGCAUAUACACAUACAUGCAUAUUAUAUAUAGAGCACUACUUUAAAUUUUAUCUGAUUCUUAGUUAUGAACACUUUUUUUUUUGUUGUCUUAUUGAGUAACUUAAUAUCCGUCAACUCACUGGUGUGUAUAUAUAUAUAUAUAUAUAUAUAUAUAUAUAUAUAUGGAUAUAUAUACAUAUUCACACGCACACACAAACACAUACCCCCAACCAAAAAGAAAAAAAACAACCCCCCAAACUAUGCAUGCACAUACACCACUCACUCAUACAUUGUUUCUGUCACAUUUGUAUAUUUCAUUUCAUGUUCAUUAACUUUAGCAUUCCUCUCAUUGAAAAAUAUAAAAAAAAAAAAGAAAAGAAAAAAAAGGGAGAACUAUGGGGAACAACUUCAAAUGGCCAGAGCAAGCAUUAUUAU